GUUCCGCCCCUGGCGUCGCGAGUUUUCGCAAUUGUCUUGUGCAAUAACUGCGAUCGGAUGCUCGCGCGCGUGAAGUAUGUCAUGACGCGACGACGCACCGACAGCCUCCUCGUGUCUUCAGAGAGUGACGGUUAACCUGCCCGCCGCGGGUCACCCGCCUACGGACCGCCGCGGAGUGUCGCGCGGUCAUCUCCUAACGAACGCUGGCCAAGCCUCGUCCGUGAAAGUGAAUCCAGGCGGUGAUACCUCGCUUAAAUGGUAUUUAUUCUAGGCUUUGCGUAUUAUGUCAGCGAUAGUGCCGAACACACAAAAUAUAGUAGAUCAUGUGGCUGAGAAGGAAAAGUUAUUGGAAGAACUAUUAGUGUCUCAAAAAGAAUGCCAAGUUAGAUUUGGUGGACCGAAGACAGAAUUAGCCACAGAAUCAGAAGCAUGUGUAGCAAAGCUCUGCCAUAUAUUUGAAUUGAUUUUUAGUCAUGGGUUAAAAACAAAUUACAUAGAAAAAAUCAAUUCAGCAUUCAGACAUGUAUCUGAUUUGGUUUCUGGUGGCAAUACAAGACCUGGCAAUGCAGCGGAUGUAGCAUUCUGGCCAUGCAUAAAGGAUCAACUUACUUGGCAUGAACAGGAGCGUUUUAGUAUGUUGAGAAAAGUUCAAACAGAUUAUGGUCGAGGCAGAGCAUGGCUGAGAGCUGCCUUGAAUGAAAAAUCUCUAGAACGGCACUUGCAUGCUAUCAUAAAUCCUAGUACACUGUCUCCUUUUUAUGAAGAAUGGGCCUUUUUACUUGAUCAAGAAAAGAGUUGUGUGUUGCCUAAUGUAGCCGCAGGACUUGGUACAAUUUUAUUUGCGAUAAGAACAGACAAUGAGGAACUUGAUGACCUAAACAGAAAAGAAAUGGAUAGAAAUAGAUACGCGCAAUCAGAGCCAAUUAUUUCUACAAUUAUACCAGAAUCUCUACCGUCUGAACAAGAAAAGCGGAAAAAGAAAGUACAAACUCGUAUAAUUUCUUUUGAUGACAAUGAGGAAGAAGAACGCAAGGAAACUGUAACUUCUAUUAGUGCCCCAUCAACAUGCCCCAGUUCUCCAGUGGUAACUCCAAAUAAAGAUUCUACUUCUCCAUGUUUGUCAGAUUGUCAACCUCAAGUAGAUUCUAAUAACAGUAUAGUUACCAAUACAAAACUUCCAGAAUGGGAACAAUGUGAAUCUUUUGAAGAAGAAAAAAUAUUGACUCCUGUAAUGGACACUGAAAAUUUGGGCGGCCUUGUACCUGUUUCAUUACUUGAUCAAACAUUAGAUGAUAUGUUAGUUAUGCCAAAUUAUUUAGACGAUUCAUCAGAAAUAACAGAACCUGCAUUGGAAGCAACAGAACCAUUAGUUGGUUUAGAGUUUCAUGUAAAUCCAGAGAAUUUAGAUAUAGAUACGUUACGCGUAAGACUUUUAGCUAUGACAGAAGUUCUAGAACAAGCUAGAGAAGAUGCUAUAACAAGUAGAUUGCAAUUAGCUCGUUUUCAAAGACAACAUCAACAUUAUUUGGAAAAGCACGAAUUACAGUUGCAAACAUUGAACAGAGAGAAUGAACUCUUACGACAGCAAUUGCGUAAGUAUGUCACUGCUGUUCAGAUGUUAAGACGGGAUUCCAAUUCCACGGUGUCCGAGGAGGAUCCAUCAUUAGACUACCAUAAUGAAGCUCGACAAUACGAGGAAAAGUUAAUACAAGUUGCAGAUAUGCAUGCCGAGUUAAUGGAAUUUAAUGCUAGAUUGACAAUGCAGUUGACAAACAGGGAUAGAUUAGUGAAGAUGUUGCAAACAGAAUUGGAGUGUCUCCGAGGACCAUUGAACGAAGACGAUUUACCUGCGGAACCACCAUGUCUUAUUCACAUAUGGAUUCCUUCGGCAUUUCUCACAGGACAAUCAUCUGAUAUCCAUCACGUUUAUCAAAUUUACGUACGCAUAAGAGACAUAGAAUGGAAUAUUUACCGACGAUAUGCUCAAUUUUACGCGCUUUAUAAGGAGCUAAAGAAACAUGACACUAUUGUUACAACUUUCGAAUUUCCACCGAAGAAAACAAUAGGAAAUAAGGAUGCAAAAUUUGUGGAAGAACGACGGCAAAAGCUGCAGCAGUGGUUACGACGUGUCGUGGGACGCGUAGCGCAGUGUUCACCUGUAUUUGCGUGUAGACCGAGCAGACAGACGCUCGUGUCUCUGAUGCCUUUUUUUGGUGAUAGUCCUAAUGCUGAGGAAUCGAGGAAAAAUAAUUCUGCAAGAAAUACUUUUUCUUCCUCCCCUCAAUACAUGGGUUUAUAAUUAUGACAAUUUUUAUAGACAAUUUGUACAUAAUGAAAAAAAAUCUUAAUUUAAUUGCAGACAAGUAUCUUGUUAUAUACAAUAUACACUGUUGAUAAUUAAGCAAAUAAGGAUCGUUGCAUGUAUUUAUGUAAAUAAGAAUAUAUCUAAGAAUAUAACACAUGCGAUUUAUAUAUGAUACCAGCAUGUGUAUUUAAGAUUAAUAUGUAGCAAAAUAAUUAAAAGCUGGUCUUUUUUAUGCAAGUAAAA